AUGGUCUCUUUGAGCAACAUUGUUGAUGAAACACGAAUUGGAUUAGCUUCCAUAUUCAAAGUCCAAUGUCACGUUUGUCAAGGAAAAAUCAGAUUUACUACAGACAAACAACACCAAGUAGAAAAGAAAAACGUGCAAGGAAAAUCGAGCAACCACUAUGAUGUCAAUACCAGAGCAGCAAUGGGAGCUUUGAAUGACGGCAUGGGCAGCACGCAUAUAAAUAAGAUAUUGGCUUCGUUAAAUAUUCCUCCCUUUCAUUUAAAUAGCUAUAAAACGCAUGAAAUAGAGGUAGGCACUGCGGUAGAAGAAAUUGCUCGAGACAGCUGCAUCGCAGCGACUUUCAUGGAGCGAGAACUGUCCAUUCAAAACAUCGACAAGCUAAAAAAUUUGUUGCCUGUCCACCUCAACAUCCAUUUCCUAUUUCCCACUUUAUCAGAAAUAAAUCCGAUUAUUGUCAAUAACAUCCAAGACGAAGAUAUAGUGCGUAUUGCAGCUUCGUUCGACAUGGGAUGGACAACAAGGGGCACUGGACGCAUCAUGAUUGGUGACAAUGAUAGUAGCGCUAUUGCAUCAGUACGUGCGGCUAGUCAGCAUGAAGUUAUAAAACACUCCGAUAAAAAUAAUACCAGUAAAGGCGUCGUCAAUGAACUCUAUAAAAUUAAAAAAAAUCACAAAGAGCUCACAUCAGUCGCGAUCAAAUAUCUUCAACGUUGCUUCAAUUAUUGUGUAGCUCAGAACACAGAUGAUGCUGUAAGAAUGGCUAUAGCAAUAAAAAAUAUUCCAUACCAUUGUUUUAACGAUCAUAAAAAUUGUGGGACAUGGUGUCGCUAUAGUGACGACCCGGAAUCGUAUGCACAUUCCGCAAUAGGACAUGGUUUUCAGAGCGAACAAUUAUUCGAUGCAUUACGAUGUAUAUUUGAUGUACUAGCUUCAAAAACGGACAGAUUUGCAGCAGGAGUGUCGAGUAAUGUUAACGAAAGCCUGAACUCAACAAUUGCUAGUAAAGCACCAAAAUCUCGCCUUUAUGGUACAACAUCUUCGGGUGAUGCUCGACUAGCAUGCGCUAUUAGCCUUGCUAAAAUCAAAAAGGACGAGAAUAGUAAUUUUUCGUUCGUCAACCGCCUGACGACUAUCCUGGCAAAUUCGAAUAAGUGCCGACUGGGUGCUAUAGGCUCUUCGGAACCCAGAUUGACGUGGAUCGAGGAGGUCAUGAGCGGUCAAAAAAUCUGUGAUUUGUCUAUGGACGAUGCGUUCUUAUAA